AGAUGUUUUUGGACUUCAGAUGAGAAAGGUUCCAUGCAUGGUUAAUCAUGAAUGAAAAUGAAACUAAGAAUAUAUGCUGUAGAAAAAGAAGAAGAAAAGCCAUAAGACUGCUUAAAAAUUUCCGUGUCUUACACAGAAGAUAGAAAAAAUAGAGUGUCUCCAAUUGGAUGGAUUUUUUUUAAAUUUGGUUAUUGUAAUGAAUUUUGUUUUUUUAGAGCUGAGCUGAGUGUACUUUGGCCAACUAAUGGGUUAAUACUGUCAAGGGAAAUUAGCCCUGACUAAACAUUGCCGCUGGCUCAUAAAUGCACUGGGCUUUGGGUGGUAUAAAAACUGAGAGAAAUCAGUGUGUCGGAGAGACACAAAUCAGUGUCCCUCAGUGACAGAAGCAACAAUAAUUGUGAAAAAUACUUCAGCAGUUAUGGACUCAUCUGUCAUUCAAAGGAAAAAAGUAGCUGUCAUUGGUGGUGGCUUGGUCGGCUCAUUACAAGCAUGCUUUCUUGCAAAGAGGAAUUUCCAGAUUGAUGUAUAUGAAGCUAGGGAAGAUCCUCGAGUGGCUGACUUCACACGUGGAAGAAGCAUUAACUUAGCCCUUUCUCAUAGAGGACGACAAGCCUUGAAAGCUGUUGGCCUGGAAGAUCAGAUUGUAUCCCAAGGUAUUCCCAUGAGAGCAAGAAUGAUCCACUCUCUUUCAGGAAAAAAGUCUGCAGUUCCCUAUGGGACAAAGUCUCAGUAUAUCCUUUCUGUAAGCAGAGAAAAUCUAAACAAGGAUCUAUUGACUGCUGCUGAGAAAUACCCCAGUGUGAAAAUGCACUUUAACCACAAGCUGUUGAAAUGUAAUCCAGAGGAAGGAAUGAUCACAGUGCUUGGAUCUGACAAAGUUCCCAAAGAUAUCACUUGUGACCUUAUUGUAGGAUGUGAUGGAGCCUAUUCAACUGUCAGAUCUCACCUGAUGAAGAAACCUCGCUUUGAUUACAGUCAGCAGUACAUUCCUCAUGGGUACAUGGAGUUGACUAUUCCACCUAAGAACGGAGAUUAUGCCAUGGAACCUAAUUAUCUGCAUAUUUGGCCUAGAAAUACCUUUAUGAUGAUUGCACUUCCUAACAUGAGCAAAUCAUUCACAUGUACUCUGUUCAUGCCCUUUGAUGAGUUUGAUAAACUUCUAACCAGUAAUGAUGUGAUAGAUUUCUUCCAGAAAUACUUUCCGGAUGCCAUCCCUCUAAUUGGAGAGAAACUCCUGGUGCAAGAUUUCUUCCUGUUGCCUGCCCAGCCCAUGAUAUCUGUAAAGUGCUCUUCUUUUCACUUUCAAUCUCACUGUGUACUGCUGGGGGAUGCAGCUCAUGCUAUAGUGCCGUUUUUUGGGCAAGGAAUGAAUGCGGGCUUUGAAGACUGCUUGGUAUUUGAUGAGUUAAUGGAUAAAUUCAAUAAUGACCUCAGUUUGUGUCUUCCUGCGUUCUCAAGAUUGAGAAUCCCAGAUAGUCACGCAAUUUCAGACCUAUCCAUGUACAAUUACAUAGAGAUGCGAGCACAUGUCAACUCAAGCUGGUUCAUUUUUCAGAAGAAUAUGGGGAGAUUUCUUCAUGCUAUUAUGCCAUCGACCUUCAUCCCUCUCUAUACCAUGGUCUCUUUUUCCAGAAUAAGAUACCAGGAGGCUGUGCAGCGUUGGCAUUGGCAAAAAAAGGUGAUAUACAAAGGACUCCUUUUCUUGGGAUCACUGAUAGCCAUCAGCAGUACCUACCUACUUAUGCACUACAUGUCACCACGACCUUUCCACUACUUCAGAAGACCAUGGAACUGAACAGCUCACUUCUGGAAUACAAAGCAUGUUUCCCUACAAAGGCCAUGGACUUCCUAGAACAAAUUUAUCUCAUUAGCAGGUGACAGGAAGGUUUUGAGGUUACAAAUGCUUGAUUUCUCUGUGACCAAAAUUAAGCACGAAAAGUUUCCAUUGCCAUAUUUUAUUCACUAAUGGAAGAUAGUGAUCUGCUUAUAAUUAAACUGAAUGUAGUAUA